AUGGAUGUCGUGACCAGCCAGAGACUCGCUGCCAAGGACAAAGAGGCUAAUUGCCGGGCUCACAGCUCUACCACAGAAUCAUACCAGCUUUCUAGUUCUCGUUCUGAGCACGAUAUUGUCGAUACUCAUGAGAACCGCACUCGAUACAAGAAGCUUGGCAGAUUUAACGAAGAUUACGGCAGUUUAUCGAGUAGUUCGGAUUCGGCGGAAGAUGAACAAGAGCUUACGUCUAUUCAUCUUUCCAAUAGCCAUCAACAUUUGCUUGAUCAUGAUACCACACGGGGGCCAGGCGUCGAGGAGGCACGUGUAUUGCGACAACCCCGACGAGUGACAGAAGAAGAAAGUAGACGUACAUCAAGACAACGCUUUUCAUUUGUUCCCGGUGACGAUGGAGCCUCCCCGAGUGCCAACAGUCAAGAUAUGUCUAUCGAACACGAUCAAAUGACUGGUGUCGUCGGCACGAGUGACGAGACAAAGGUUCAGCAGAAAGACGCAAAACUACACCAUUCCAAAGCUCGGAUACCUUGA